ACACUCGACGAGCGGCCCUCGCUGCCGUCCAUUGGCCACGACAUCUCGCGCCCGUCGUCGACUUCGACCCAGGCCUCGGGCCAGCACUACUCGCUUCAGCGGCAGGGCAGCAACUCGUCGCUGCAGCUGCCCGGCCUGUCCGCCCUGGCGUCCAUCGCGUCGUCGAGCCCGGCGGCGGGCAAUGUCGUCAAUCCGGACACCAAUACCCCCCCUCACAGGCCCUUCAAUGGACACAGCAUGACCUACGCAACCUCAGCUCCAGCCACCUCGGGCGGCCAGGCCAACUCGCCGCCUGUCUGCCAGAACUGCACCACGAGCACCACCCCGCUCUGGCGCCGCGACGAAACUGGCUCUGUUCUCUGCAACGCCUGUGGCCUCUUUUUGAAGCUUCACGGCCGCCCUCGGCCUAUCAGCCUCAAGACCGAUGUCAUUAAGAGUCGGAAUCGCGUCAAGACUGCCGGCCAGGGCCCUCGGAAGAACAAGUCGACCGACGCCAAUGGCCUCCCCGCUGCCCACCCUGACGCCGACCCCCUCUCCGCCCUGACACAACAUCGACGGCAGUCGCAAAAGAUGUCGUCGGGCAAUUCGGAGCGCUCCAACUCGCCAAUCUCGCGCACAGGCACCCCGAGCCUGCAGCACCCGUCGAACAUUGCCCCCCAGCACAUGUUUGACGGUGUCAUUCACGGCGAUGUCUACCACUCUCCGUCUCUGCCGUCCUUCCAUAUCCGCCAGCCGUCUCCGGGGUCGACCUCAUCUGUAAACGGCUCGCACCUCGAGCCGCCUCUCUCCUACGAAGCCCUCGCGGCACAAAACACGUCGCUCAAGACACGCGUCAGCGAGCUCGAGGUGAUCAACGGCCUUUUCAAAGGACGUGUCAACGAACUCGAACAGAGCGAACAGAACGCGCGAGACAACGAGAAUAUAGCCCGGGACACCGAGGCACACCUCAGAGCCAAGCUCGAGGACGCGCGACAAAGAGAAGCUGAGCUCAAGCGGAAGCUGGAGGACCUAGAGGCGGAGGGGGGUCCUCGACACAAGAAGAUACGACUCAACGACAUUAUAGACGAAAGUCGCGCGAGUACGCCCUUCAGCUCGACGGCCGAGUAGUUGGUCGGGCUGAGGGUGCCUCUCUGCCCUAAUCUUUUUUACACGCCCCUUUCUCUUUUCUAACGAUAUUACUUUACGACACUGCCGGAACUGGACGUUUCCUACCUGCCUUUUAUUCGCCUAUUCGACACCCAGCCUAUGGGGUUUCAUUUCUCUACUUCGCCCACGGCCCACGGCCGGUGCUUGGGAGCUGCGAUGCCCCAUUUGACUUAACCCCCUUGAUCACCCAUUUUUCAGGCCUACCUGAACGGUGCUACCAACCCACUUAGACCACCCCCAGCGUCAGCCGCGCCCAAAAAAGUUCACCCCCAUCAUGCUCUCCCCGAGCUCUA